GAAAACAGGCGGUAGUGUUGCGACAAGAAAAACAGAAAAGGAAACAUGACUGCAGAUAACGAAAUGGACAUCAAGGAGGCGUUUCAGCGCGCCCAGAAAGGCCACAAUAACAAGGCAAAGCUGGUGGCGAGCCUGAAGAGCCGCUACAACAAGCUUGAGGACAAAACACUGUUCCACGAUGAGUUUGUCCAUUAUCUGAAGUACACCAUGAUUGUGUACAAGCGUGAGCCCUGUGUUGAAAAUGUCAUUGACUUUGUGGCAAAGUUUGCCACAAGUUUUCAGUCUCCACCUAAACCAGAGGGGGAAGAAGAGCAGGAAGAGCAGGAAGAGCAGGAAGAGGAGGAGGAGGAGGAAGAAGAAGAAGAACCUGAGGAUCAUCCAUUUCUGAGUUUUAUUUUCAAUUUCUUGCUGGAGUCUCAUAAAGCCAAUAGCCAUGCGGUGCGUUUCCGUGCCUGCCAGCUGAUCAACAAAUUGCUGGGCAGCAUGGCAGAAAACGCCCAGAUUGAUGAUGACCUGUUUGAUCGUAUUCACCAAGCCAUGCUUGUCCGUGUCACUGACAAGUUUCCCAAUGUAAGGAUUCAGGCUGCCUUGGCAAUGACCCGCCUGCAGCAGCCAAAAGAUCCUGACUGUCCCACAAUCAAUGCCUUCAUGUUGAUUCUAGAAAAUGAUUCAAAUGCGGAGGUACGACGUGCUGUUCUCUCAUGCAUCGCAAUGUCUCCGUUAACCCUUCCUAAAGUACUCAAACGCACCAGAGACAUUAAAGAGAAUGUUCGAAAGUUAGCCUACCAGGUUCUAGCAGACAGGGUCCACAUUAAAGCGCUGACUAUUGCUCAAAGAGUUGGUCUGCUGCAGCAGGGUCUUCAUGACACCUCAGAAGUGGUGAGGGAGGUGGUGUGCUCUCGUCUUUUGCCGGCUUGGCUGGGCCGGCUGGAGGGGGGUGCGAUAGAACUGCUCCACAGACUUGAUGUGGAGAACUGUGCUCAAACAGCUCUGGACACACUCAAAGCCAUAUUCAAAGGCACACCUCCUGAAGAACUGUUGCAAAACAGAGUACAACUCGACAACAGGAAGGUGAUCCCAGAGGACUCAUUGACCUGUGAGAAUGUGCUAUAUUGGAGAGCUCUGUGUGAGUUCAUCAAGGCUAAAGGAGAUGACGGAGAGGAAAUGCUUGAGCAGGUGUUACCAGAUGUUGCCACUUAUGCUGACUACCUCUUUGGCUACCUAAAGGCAGUGCCUGUCCUGUCAGAAGAACAGAGGGCCAACUUUAACCAGCUGGAGCUGGUCAUGACCAAAGAGUUCAUCUCACAGCAACUCAUCCAUCUCAUUGGUUGUUUGGAUACCAAUGAAGAGGGCAGCAGGAAACGCAUGUUGGCUGUACUGCAGGAGAUGCUGGCUCUGCCUCAAACUCCUUUCUCCCUGGUGUCUUUGCUCACUGAAAAGCUCCUUACUCUCAUCUCUGAUGACCAGAAGCGCAUACAGACUGUGGCAGAAAUCAUCUCAGACGUCAGGGAGCCCAUCAUGGAGGUCAAUCAGCCUGUGGAUGAGAAUAAGAGGCGGCGGCAGCAGGUCCAGCUUGCAGAGGUGAAGGUGCAUAUCCUGGAGACCAAACAGGCACUGGAAGACUGUAUCUCCACUCAGGAGUUCAACCGUGCAGCAGAGCUGAAGGACUCCAUCUCUGAGCUGGAGAAUCGAAGGAACCAGAUCAUCCAGGAAAUUGCAGAGAGCAACCAGCCAGUGGACAAAGAGAUGUGCAGUGAGAAGAACGAUCCAGAGACUCUUCUGAGAUGUCUGACAAUGUGUGCAGAGCUGCUUAAACAGAUGAAUAUCAAAUCUCGAAUUGGACCGACCAUAAGUGCUUUAAUGUCUUCAUUGAUCCUACCUAGUAUUGCAAAUGCACACCCUGGUGUCCGCAACAUGGCAGUAGUGUGUCUGGGAACAUGCACUCUGCACAGUAAGGACCUCGGAAAAACACACAUGGUCCUGUUGCUACAGAUUGCUCAGCUAGAUGAGGUAAAGAUCCGUAUCAGUGCUCUGCGGGCCAUUAUUGAUUUGCUGCUGCUGUUCGGCUUCGAGCUGCUGUCCGACACAGCCGCCACUCAGACGGCCCCGCCCUCCCAGUCACCAGACAGACAGGAAGAGGACGCACCUUCGGCUGAGAAGGGGGAUGCAUCAGAGGGCACCACUCAGAGUGUACUCGUGAUGUUAUCAGAGUUUCUGGACAGUGAGGUGUCUGACCUGCGAACAGAAGCUGCUGAAGGCCUCUCCAAACUUAUGUACACUGGGCGUAUCUCAAGUGCUAAAAUAUUCUCCCGUCUCACUCUGCUGUGGUACAAUCCAGUCACUGAAGAUGACACCCGUCUGCGCCACUGCCUUGGCGUGUUCUUCCAACUCUAUGCCUGCGAGAGCAGGGCCCAUCAGGAGGUUGUGGAGGAGAGUUUCCUGCCAACUGUGCGGACUCUGAUGAAUGCCCCAGCCACCUCUCCACUUGCUGAGGUGGAUAUUAACAAUGUGGUCGAGCUGCUGGUUGAACUGACCCGCCCAACUACACUUAUUAAACCCUCAACCAACACAGAGGAGGUGUGUGUCCAUGAUUACUUGGCGGUGCGUAUGUGUGGGGAGAUGCUGAAGGACCCUACAGCCCCUGAGGUGCGUCUCUAUGCCAAGACUCUCAGCAAUCUGGAACUCAGCAGAGACGAGACUGUCAGGAAGGACCUGCAGACCCUGAUGCAGGAGCUUGUACAGGUUGUGAAGGAUCGUGUCUGUCUGCGUGCCCUGGAGAAGAUGCUUUUACAGCUUGUGGAUUCUAGAGAACAAGCGGAGCUUCUCAGUGCCAGCGCAUUACAGCCACUUGACGUCAAUGCAGAUGAAGCUGCAACAGAUGAUCCAUCUAAAUCUGCCAAGAGAGCCAAAGAGGGCCAGAGGAAGUCGGCACAGCCAAAGGGGGCAGGAAGCCCAGCAGGAGGGCGGGAGUCAUCAGAAGAGAGUGAUGGAGAAAAUGUCCCAGAGUCAGUUCAUGUGGUUCGUUCAUCACGGAGGACCAAGGCUGCAGCUCUAGAGAAGACAAAGAUGGACCUGAGUACCCUCAUCAACCAGGACGUGGCCUGAGAAUCCUUUCAUAGAAUGGGUUGUUGGGUCGUAAAUGGAAACUAAGUUACUGUUUAUUUUACACAGUCGUUAAAUUCUAACUGUGAAAUACACCUUAGUGGAAGUACUUCUACUUGUCUUUUAACUUUCAAUAAAAAUGACCUAAAUGUAACAGAACUGUUUUAGUUUCCCCUUUUAAACGACAUAACCUUCGCAUGUAAUAAAAAAUCUCUAAACAUU